CUACUUUUUCCUCUUCUCCUUGGCUGUAGGAGGUGCUAAAGGCAGGAGCAGCUAGAAGCUCCCAUCCAGCCUGUACUCUGGCCUCUUUCCUCCCUUUCCACAGCCAGCUAAGGAAAGAGGUGGGAGGCUGCCCUCCAUUAUGCCCUGGAAGCAGGGACCAUGUGUAGUUACAUUUCUGGGCUACCGGAUUAUACCACUCGGGGCUAUCAGGUCUCUCAAGGCUCCUCACCAAACAUGGGAAAGAAGCGUCUCAGGUCCAUCUGGUUUCCCAGGGGUUAAUUUCCAGCUACUCCAGUGGUUCAGUACAUUUGUUAGUUUUGUCCGUUCCCUGCCAGUGUCUGGCUUCUUACCCUGUACCCUCCCAGGGGGCCUUCAGGUGGACCCCUGCUCACUGACCUGGCUGUUUGCCUUUCCCUUCUCUCCCAGGACUCCCUUGCUGCUGAACUGCACAUCAUUGCUUCUGUGCUGCCAGGUGGGGCAGGGGUCACCAACGCUUGGGCCCUCAUUUGUUUGAUAAAUCAUGCAUGUCUCACUAGGGCAGCUGGGCAACAGGCCAGGGGCUUGGACUAGCUCAGUUUCAUCCGCCUACUUGUAUGACUGGACCCACUUGCUCUGCCAAUCUCCAUUUCCUGAUAUCUUGGUAAACUUGUCCCCAGCUGCAUGAAACCCCAUGUCCACCCCAUCCAGCCCCUGCAGUGCCAGCUGACCUCUGUCUUCCUUUCCGGGGCACUAUUUUCCCCAGGCAUCUUCACUCCAGAUCCUUGCAGCCCAGCAGGGGCCCUGCUGAUUCAUACAUGUAUAUAUGUAUACACACCCACCCCUCAUUUAAUCUAUACGUGCAAAUCUACUUUGUCUCAAGAUUCCCCCUGGCUACCCAGCCCUCAGGCUCCCGCUGAGCUCUGCCCUUUAAGAUGCAGCCAAGUGCUCCAGCUUUCUAUCGAUUGGUGUUUUAUUCUAAAGGCAGGGUGAUGAUCUCAUCUGCAGCCAAUCAGAGCAGCUGUGGGGUUCCACGCUUCAGCUUGCACCUGAGAGGCUGGGAGCUGGCAGAGGAAAGUGGAUAGCAGCAUGAUGGAGACAAGGUGGUCCCUACACCUCCAGGGACCAGGCUCAUGACUCUAACAGGAGAUGGUGCCACCUGAAUGAUCACCCUUCUGGCAGCACUGCUCAAAGCAGCUGGGGUCUGGCAAAGCCAGUCAGCAUCAAGCUAUGCAUGCUGUAACACCGUGUAUCUGUGAAUGAUGCUGGAGGUCUGUGAGUGCUCCUGACAAAGGGAAACGGGGAGGCCGCUUAUUCCUCAAUGACCUCUGCAGCUGGAGUGAGUGUCUGUCUGCAGGAUUGAUCUGCGUCUCAGCCCCUGCAGCCACAAUGGAAUCUGUGUGACAGCCCCUGGUGCCCUGAUCUCAGAGCUCUGCAUCGAUCCUUCACUCGGUCUCUGCUGGAUAGGUGGUCGACCCUGAGCCUGAGUGCAGAGGCCCUGCAGCUAGAGCCUAGCCUGUUGGUUCUUGUGCUGCCCUGCAGUUUGCAGCUCUUGCUCCACUUCCUGCUUGGUUGGUGGCUGCAUGUGCAGUGAUGAAAAGCCAGAGCAGAUUUUCACUUCUGCUUCCAGGAGAACAUGGGGCUCUAGCCACAGCUCUGCAUGAGUUUUUCAGUCCUGGCCCCGCUACAGGUCUGUCAAAGCUGAGGGCUUUGCUCCUGACUCAUCUUGGCUGGUGCACCUAUGCCCAAACCCUCAUCUGCAGCCCCCUCCCUGCUCCUCCUCAGUCCCCCACCUUCUGUCCUCCCCAGCUCUGCCACAGCCCUUGUACCAUCUCAUGCCCCAGCCUAGCGUUGCAGGGCCUGAUUUUCCUUCUCCUUUGUCUCUCUUCUUUCUGUUGCAGGGCUGUGGGGGCUGAACUACUAAGGAUGACUUGAGAGUGGUCAAGCCAUGAGCAGAGUCAUCUGUGAGCGCCCUUUGGGCCUGGACUCAGAGCCCUGCUCCCGGGCAUUCUCCCAGGCCCGUGUUUACCUGGAGCAGAUUCGAAGCCGAGUCUCUCCGGGAGGCCUUGAUGGGCAUGGAGUUGGGAAGCGCGAUUACCUGGUGGAUGCAGCGAAGCAGAUCCGCCUGGCCCUGGAGCGGGAUGUGAGUGAGGACUAUGAAGAGGCUUUCAACCACUACAAGAAUGGCGUGGACGUGCUGCUCAGUGGCGUGCAGGUUGACCCCAACAAGGAGCGCCGUGAGGCUGUGAAGAGAAAGAUCACACAGUACCUCAAACGUGCUGAGGAGAUUUUCAACUGCCACCUCCAACGAACCUUGGGGAAUGGGAGCCCCAAUGCCACGGGUUACAGCAGCCUUCGCUUUCGGCCAAUCAGGACACUCAGCUCACCAGUGGAGAACCUGAGGUGCUGUAAGGUUGUGGGAGUGAUUGAAAAGGUGCAGUUAGUUCAGGAUCCAGCCACUGGUGGGACUUUUAUACUUAAGAGCCUCCCCAAGUCCCAUGUGGAGACCCGCGAGCGGCAGACAGUCAUUCCACAUGGUGUCCCUUUCAUGGUCAAACUACUGCGCUACUACGUGAGUGAGGAUUCUAUCUUCCUCCACCUGGAGCAUGUGCAGGGUGGGACACUAUGGUCCCAUCUCCGCUCUCAGUCUCAUUUACGGCGAAGUCUCUCCUAUGGCUCUGGUCCCCCGCAUCCAAAGCCCAGCUCAGCUCUGGGAAGCUACAGUGGAGAAGGGGUGGUAGGAAACAUUUGGGGUCCUGGCUCUGGGUCCAGCCAGAGCUCUAACCUUGGCUUUGGGAAUGGCACUGACCUCCUGAAGUCUGUGAAUCAGGCCCCACUGGAAAACACUGACCAGGCUCCUGCCCAGGAACAGUCACUGGACCCCUCCAAUGCAAGAGCAGGGACCCACCGCAUGUUCCAUAUGGGACCUGCCAGUGGCCCCAGGGUUGUCAUGGCAGCGAAGGAUUUAAGUGCAACAUGCACCCUGCAUGGUGGCCCCAAUCCUGUUGUCAUGAUGAUGGCCAAAGGACACUGUGCCUUGAACAGUCAGGAGUUGGCCUCCCAUCCACACGACUUGCUAACCAGCAGUGAGGGUGUGAGCAGCCCACUGAAAAGAGAAGCUCCCUGGCAGGAUCCAAAGCUGCUGGCUAGUGGGAGGCUUCCCCAGAUCCCUGCUCAAAACCUGAAGGCUGUGAGAAGUGGCAGCCUGGUGCAGAAAGAGCCUCUGUAUCAGCAAAUGUCUAGUGGGCCCCAGGCUCAGCCCACAUGGUCCCCACGAGCUCCCAAUGGACAGAAACAAGUGCCUGGAACCACCUGGCCCAGCUUCAGUGAGCCCCACAGGCCUGACUCUGGGUGGCAGGAGCCUGUGGGGGGCACCUCAGGAGUCCAGGACGGAACAGGCCAACACAAGGAGAAGCUAGCACCAGCACAUCAGAGACCUGCAGGUUGCUGGGCCUGCCAAGGGGAGAGCCAAAGAGCCUGGGCCGUGAAUGAGGAGCAGGUCCAGCUGUGGGCAGCAGAAAUGCUCCUGGCUCUGGAAGGACUCCACCAGCAGGGUGUACUCUGCCGGGACCUCAAUCCUAGGAACCUACUGCUGGAUGCUGCCGGUCACAUCCGUUUCACUUUCUUUGGGCAAUGGACGGAGGUGGAGCCGCAGUGCUGCAGCCAGGCCCUGGAAGAACUGUAUAGUGCCCCAGAAGUGGGUGGGAUUUCUGAGCUGACUGAGGCCUGCGACUGGUGGAGCUUUGGGUCACUGCUAUAUGAGCUGCUGACUGGAAUGCCACUGUCCCAGUGCCACCUAUCAGGGAUUCAUCCUCACACCCAGCUGCACCUGCCCGAGGGGCUCAGCCUGCCUGCUGCAUCACUGCUCACUGAGCUGCUGCAAUUUGACCCCAAGCUGCGAUUGGGCUCUGGAGGAGGUGGUGUUGCCAAGCUCAAGUCCCACCCCUUUUUCAGCUCUGUCCAGUGGAGCACAUUGGUAGGCUAGCUUUCAUCACCCAUGGAGCAGUACACUGAGGAUAUCACCACAGACUUGGAGCACAGGGUGGCAUUAGGACCCCUGGUCCAUGGGACUUGUGAUCCCAGGCAGUGCCUAGGGGAGGUCCCCUGCUCCUGGGGCUGUUCCUAUGGAGGAGAGUCUGCACUGAGUCUGGUUUUGCAGCCUUGAUUAUUCUCCUCUGCCAGCUUCCCUCUGUGUUUCAGUAGUAUCUUCUGGUCUGGUGCCUGGGCUGGGGCCUGAGGAGGGUCCUGUAUCCCAUGCCCAUGUCUGUUAGGGAGAGAAUGGGGCAGUAACGUAACCAGGAGUGGAUGACCAGGCACCAGCCCCAAGCACCCACUUAGAGGAAGCACAAUAAGGCAGCUGCCACUGUUGCAGACCAGCCACUGCAGAUGCCACUGCCACUGCCCAGGGCACAGCUUGGUACUUAUGCCUCUGGGAAGGAGCAUUGGCACUGAGGCCAAUAAACGUGGGACCUCAGAGCCUCCUGCCCCCUGGGUAGUGGGCAGGUCUCUCCCUCCACCUGCCCACUGCUAUCUGUGGGGAGCCAGUCUACCACUGAGACUCCCCAGUUCAGGGAGCCCAGCUUUGUCCUAUGGGGCAGCCCCUACCAGGGUCUAGUUCUCCACUGCCCCAUCUGAUCCUGUCUCUGCCUGCCCUCCUCCUGGUGGGUCCACAGCAUCCCAAUGCCUCUCCUGUCCCCACUUCCUCUUUGCUACUGCCUUGCAUUGCCCCUUGUGGCUUUCCUGUUGCAUUUCCAGUGGCCGCUGCUAGAUGGGGCUUGGGGUCCCAUGUUAUGCAUUUCUCUGGCUGCAUGUGCAUUCACAUCACCUGCCAUUGCUCUCUCCAGACACAGGAAGACACUCCUGCUUUUGAGUGCUUCUCUGUGGCUGUCCAACCUCAAUAAACUUGCCUUUGUUCACA